UGGAGCAAAGAGUGUCCUAAAGGAGUCGCGGGGAGCGAUAAGGAUCAGGCGUGACGUCAAGGAGGAGUCUGGUAAGUGGAGCUGGCCAGAGGCGCCGGCAGCUCUCGAGUUCUGCUCGCUUUUGGUGGCUGCAGCCCAGGCAGCCACAGAAGAAACUGGGAACUGGAGCCGCUUGGCGGACGGCGACUCUGAAGCCUGGUCCAGGAAGAAUAAACUCAAGGGAAGAUUAAACCAUGGCGUGGAGUGAAUUCAAUGUCCUCAGCUGGCUCAGAGAGAGUCGGCAAUCUCGGAAACUAAUAUUGUUGAUAGUCUUCAUUGCAUUGCUCUUGGACAACAUGUUGCUUACUGUAGUUGUGCCAAUUAUUCCCAGUUACUUGUAUAGCAUUGAACACACACAAAAUGCAACAGAAGUCCAAACCAUUGGGCCAGAGACAGCUUCAUUUAACUUGGAUAGUUUUCAAAGUAUUUUCUCCUAUUAUGACAACUCUACAAUGGUUACUGGAAAUCAUUCUAAAGGAACAAGGCUGGGAGAUAUUUAUCAUGCUCAGAUACAGCAAAUGGCAGUAAAUAUGACUAAGACAUCCUCUGACUGCCACAAGGAAAACAAAGACCUGCUGAAUGAAAAUGUUCAAGUUGGCUUGUUGUUUGCCUCCAAAGCAACAGUGCAGCUCAUCACUAACCCUUUCAUAGGACCAAUGACAAAUAGAAUAGGCUAUCAGAUUCCUAUGUUUACUGGCUUCUGCAUCAUGUUUGUCUCAACAAUUAUGUUUGCGUUUUCAGAAAGCUAUAAGUUACUGUUCAUAGCAAGAUCCCUUCAAGGAGUAGGUUCCUCUUGUUCUUCAGUAGCUGGGAUGGGUAUGCUGGCCAGUGUGUACACAGACGAUGAAGAAAGAGGCAAUGCAAUGGGCAUUGCCUUAGGAGGAAUGGCUAUGGGAGUCUUAGUGGGCCCACCUUUUGGAAGUGUGAUGUAUGAAUUUGUUGGGAAAGCAGCGCCUUUUCUGGUGUUAGCAGCAUUAGCUCUUUUUGAUGGAGCCAUACAGUUGUUAAUUCUACAACCAUCCAGGAUACAACCAGAAAGCCAAAAAGGAGCAUCAUUACUGACACUCUUGAGGGAUCCAUACAUCAUUAUUGCUGCAGGAUCAAUAUGUUUUUCAAAUAUGGCUAUUGCUAUGCUGGAACCGGCAUUACCCAUCUGGAUGAUGGAGACAAUGUGCUCAAGAAAAUGGCAACUUGGCAUUGCUUUCAUUCCAGCUAGUGUCUCUUAUCUGAUUGGAACUAAUAUUUUUGGGGUCCUUGCACACAAAAUGGGACGGUGGCUUUGUUCUCUAAUUGGGAUGAUAAUAGUGGGAAUAAGCAUUUUGUGUGUACCACUUGCCAAAAACAUAUAUGGACUUAUAGCACCAAAUUUUGGAGUUGGUUUUGCCAUUGGGAUGGUGGAUUCUUCCAUGAUGCCUAUUAUGGGUUACCUUGUUGAUCUGCGUCAUGUGUCAGUAUAUGGGAGUGUGUAUGCAAUAGCAGAUGUUGCAUUUUGCAUGGGGUAUGCGUUAGGUCCUUCUGUUGGUGGUGCCAUUGCAAAGGCAAUUGGGUUCCCAUGGCUUAUGACCAUAAUAGGAAUUAUUGACAUCCUCUUUGCUCCUUUGUGCUUGUUCCUACGUAGUCCACCUGCCAAAGAAGAAAAAAUGGCAAUACUCAUGGACCACAACUGUCACUUUAAAACCAAAAUGUAUACACAGAACAAUAUCCAGUCCUAUCCAAUAGGGGAUGAUGAUGAAGAAUCAGAAAGCGAUGAGUAAUAUUCCAAAGCCAUAAAAGUAGUCUGAUGUAUACAACGCAGUGUUUCCUGUGAAACAUCUCAUCAAAAAUGUAGUUGUACUGUAGUUUUGAUGGUAAAAUAGUAACAAAACAAAACCAAAGGUAGAUUAUCCAUUGCCCAUGAUUAUGAAGCAGAAUACCCACUGCCUUAUAAAGGAAAAUAAGCUUUUUAAAGACUUUGUACGUUGUUAAAAUUGUGCAUUUACUUUUAAUAUUAUAGGCUAUAUUUUUGAUUAAAUGAAUUGUGGAAAUGUCUAUUAAUAUCUGAAUCAAGAUCCAUGCCUUUAAAAUUUUUCAUGCAUGAACAAUUUUUUUCCUCCAUAAUUCUAUUUGACUUAGAAAUGAGCAAUGAGUGCCUGAAGUUAGAAGCUAUAAACUGAUUGUAUAUGAAAAUAUGAUCCAGUAUUUUGUAGUUGUCAAAUUGUAUUGCUUGGCAACCAUAUUUAAACCUGAGUCCUCUUCCUAGAUUAAGAGGCGCCUUGCAAUGAAAAGCAGCUGCCUGAUGUUUGUGGAGGAAAAAUUACAUUGUAUAUGGUGUUUGUAAAAGAUGAACAUAAUGUACUGGUUCAUUGGUAAUCGGUAUUAGUGCUCCUGCUUAUAGAAGGAAAACAGCAUUGUACAUAAAUUGCUAUUACCAUAUUUUAUUCUUAAUUCAUUUGUGCAACUUUAAUUAAUGUUUUUACACUCAUGCAUAAUGUGUCAUGGAAUGAUGAAAGUUUUGAGCGGUUGUUAAAAUGGCUGCAUGCCAUGCAUGAACCUAAAAUAAUGGAAGUAGAAUAAAAUUAGUAGGAACAUGAGCCCUGCUGGAUCAAAUCAGUCUAGCUUCCUGUUUCCCGUAGUGGGAAACACAUCCAGAUCCUUUACUUCAAAAGUAUUCUUUCUCAUGUAGUUUUAGAAUGGAUGCUGUUGACAGAUGGGAUGUCACCUAAUCUGAGUUAAGACAAUUCAGUCAAAUGUAUUCCAAUUUCUACCUGAAGAGUGGCCAACCUUUGAAUCAUUUUUAACACAAUACUAAGUGUCUCCUUGUGUGUGACUUUCUUUGUAAGGGCAUUUAUUACAUUGUUACAUUUCAGACGGAAUGAGGAGUAAGCAAUUCUGCUAUUUGUACAUUUUGUGUUGAGAUUUUUGAUAUAGCUAAAGCUUAUUUUUUAAUUACAAAAAUUUAGUGUUGUCACAUUUUAACGCCUUGUGGGACUUUUGUAUUUUUUCACUCCCUAAUGUAAGAUGAAAUUCAUUCCUGAUCGUACAUGUGAACAGCUCUUCAUGCAGGGAGGAGACAGCUAAAGAGAUCAAACGCAGUCACUUGCCUUUCUCUUCCAAACGGGAGUAACUCACAAAUUAAAUCUCUGGAGAGAAAAGGCUGCUAGAUGGCUAUAUGGGAGGAGCAUACCCCUCAUCAAUUUGAAUAAUAGCCAGCAAAUGUUAACCAAUUUAUUGAUAUGGCAAUCCUUUUCCCACAUGUGGAGUUGAGUUCAAAGGCGAUGGAUUAUGGCCCUAGGUAAGAACAUAAAAAUUCAACAAAUGCCAGACUUUGUAUAAAUAUAAAAUCUGUAUUUGGUGUUUGUAUACAUUCCAUGUUGUUUGUAAAACAUGAUCUCCGUGCCUUCUCUCGUAUGUAUCAGCAGAUGGUUUGUGUCUUACAGCAGAUACCUUGUUUACAAAUAGUUUUGUAAAGUGUGUGUGUGUGUG